GCGGCCGGACUAAGAUGGCGGCACGGCGCGCGGUGGGGGCGUGGGGCAACGGGGACCGGGGGGCGGUGGGACGUUGACCCCGCCCCCUGCUGCGGCCUGUCUGCGCCGGGCGGCGGUGGCGGCGGAGCCCGGAACAUGGCGGCGGCGGCGCGCAGCUUCGGGCCCGAGCGGGAAGCCGAGCCGGCCAAGGAAGCGCGCGUCGUGGGCUCCGAGCUGGUGGACACUUACACGGUUUACAUCAUCCAGGUCACUGAUGGCAACCAUGAGUGGACAGUAAAGCACCGAUACAGCGACUUCCAUGACCUGCAUGAAAAGCUCGUUGCAGAGAGGAAGAUUGAUAAAAAUCUGCUUCCGCCCAAAAAGAUAAUUGGCAAAAACUCAAGAAGCUUGGUGGAGAAGAGGGAAAAGGAUCUGGAGGUCUACCUCCAGAAACUCCUGGCAGCCUUCCCUGGCGUGACCCCCAGAGUGCUGGCCCACUUCUUGCAUUUUCACUUCUAUGAGAUAAAUGGCAUCACCGCGGCGCUGGCUGAAGAGCUCUUUGAGAAAGGAGAACAGCUCCUGGGGGCCGGCGAGGUCUUUGCCAUUGGACCUCUGCAGCUGUAUGCCGUCACAGAGCAGCUGCAGCAGGGAAAGCCAACGUGCGCCAGCGGGGAUGCCAAGACUGACCUUGGGCACAUUCUGGACUUCACCUGUCGCCUUAAGUACCUUAAGGUUUCUGGCACAGAAGGACCUUUUGGGACCAGCAACAUUCAGGAGCAGUUCCUGCCAUUUGACCUAUCAAUAUUCAAGUCCCUGCAUCAGGUGGAGAUAAGUCACUGUGAUGCUAAGCACAUUAGAGGGCUGGUCUCCUCGAAGCCCACCUUAGCCACUCUGAGCGUCCGCUUCUCAGCGACCUCCAUGAAGGAAGUCCUUGUUCCUGAAGCCUCAGAAUUUGAUGAGUGGGAGCCUGAAGGCACAGCCCUAGAAGGCCCUGUGACAGCCGUCAUCCCCACUUGGCAGGCAUUGACCACGCUUGACCUGAGCCACAACAGCAUCUCCGAGAUCGACGAGUCUGUGAAACUGAUCCCAAAGAUUGAGUUCCUGGACCUGAGUCACAAUGGAUUGCUGGUUGUGGACAAUCUGCAGCCCCUGUAUAAUCUUGUGCAUCUGGACCUGUCCUACAACAAGCUCUCCUCCUUGGAAGGGCUUCACACCAAGCUGGGGAACAUCAAGACCUUGAACCUGGCAGGCAACCUCCUGGAGAAUCUGAGUGGCCUGCACAAGCUCUACUCACUGGUCAACCUGGAUCUCCGGGACAACAGGAUCGAACAGAUGGAGGAGGUCCGGAGCAUAGGUAGCCUCCCGUGUCUGGAGCAUGUGUUUCUGCUGAACAACCCUCUGAGCAUCAUCCCUGACUACCGGACCAAGGUGCUGGCUCAGUUUGGAGAGAGGGCCUCAGAGGUCUGUCUAGAUGACACAGUGACCACAGAGAAGGAGCUGGACACUGUGGAAGUGCUGAAAGCAAUUCAGAAAGCCAAGGAAGUCAAGUCCAAACUGAGCAACCCAGAGAAGAAGGGUGGCGAGGACUCUCGGCUCUCAGCUGUUCCCUGCGUCAGACCCAGCAGCUCCCCUCCCACCGUGGCUCCCACAUCUGCCUCCCUGCCCCAGCCCAUCCUCUCCAACCAAGGAAUCAUGUUCGUUCAGGAGGAGGCCCUGGCCAGCAGCGUCUCGUCCACCGACAGUCUGACUCCUGAGGACCGGCCCAUUGCCCGGGGAUGUUCUGAUUCCUUGGAGUCCAUCCCUGCAGGACAGGCAGCUUCUGAUGAUUUAAGGGAUGUGCCAGGAGCUGUUGGUGGUGCAAGCCCAGAACAUGCGGAGCCAGAGGUCCAGGUGGUGCCUGGAUCUGGCCAGAUCAUCUUCCUGCCCUUCACCUGCAUUGGCUACACGGCCACCAACCAAGACUUCAUCCAGCGCCUGAGCACGCUGAUUCGACAGGCCAUCGAGCGGCAGCUGCCUGCCUGGAUCGAGGCCGCCAACCAGCGGGAGGAGGGCCGGGGCGAGCAGGGCGAGGAGGACGACGAAGAGGAGGAGGAAGAGGAAGAUGUUGCUGAGAAUCGAUACUUUGAAAUGGGGCCCCCGGACGUGGAGGAGGAGGAGGAAGGAGGCCAGGGGGAGGAAGAGGAGGAGGAGGAAGAGGAAGAUGUUGCUGAGAAUCGAUACUUUGAAAUGGGGCCCCCGGACGUGGAGGAGGAGGAGGAAGGAGGCCAGGGGGAGGAAGAGGAGGAGGAGGAAGAGGAAGAUGAAGAGGCUGAGGAGGAGCGCCUGGCUCUGGAGUGGGCCCUGGGCGCGGAUGAGGACUUUCUGCUGGAGCACAUCCGCAUCCUCAAGGUGCUGUGGUGCUUCCUGAUCCACGUGCAGGGCAGCAUCCGCCAGUUCGCUGCCUGCCUUGUGCUCACCGACUUCGGCAUCGCUGUCUUCGAGAUCCCGCACCAGGAGUCUCGGGGCAGCAGCCAGCACAUCCUCUCGUCCUUGCGCUUUGUCUUCUGCUUCCCACAUGGCGACCUCACAGAGUUCGGCUUCCUCAUGCCAGAGCUGUGUCUGGUGCUGAAGGUACGGCACAGUGAGAACACACUCUUCAUCAUCUCGGAUGCUGCCAACCUGCACGAGUUCCAUGCAGACCUGCGCUCAUGCUUCGCGCCGCAGCACAUGGCCAUGCUGUGUAGCCCCAUCCUCUACGGCAGCCACACUAGCCUGCAGGAGUUCCUGCGCCAGCUGCUCACCUUCUACAAGGUGGCUGGCGGCUGCCAGGAGCGCAGCCAGGGCUGCUUCCCCGUCUACCUGGUCUAUAGCGACAAGCGCAUGGUGCAGACGGCCGCCGGGGACUACUCAGGCAACAUCGAGUGGGCCAGCUGCACACUCUGUUCCGCUGUGCGGCGCUCCUGCUGCGCACCCUCUGAGGCUGUCAAGUCCGCCGCCAUCCCCUACUGGCUGCUGCUCACGCCCCAGCAUCUCAACGUCAUCAAGGCCGACUUCAACCCCAUGCCCAACCGGGGCACCCACAACUGUCGUAACCGCAACAGCUUCAAGCUCAGCCGCGUGCCGCUCUCCACCGUGCUGCUAGACCCCACGCGCAGCUGCACCCAGCCUCGGGGUGCCUUUGCUGACGGUCAUGUGCUGGAGCUGCUGGUGGGGUACCGCUUCGUCACCGCCAUCUUCGUGCUGCCUCAUGAGAAGUUCCACUUCCUGCGCAUUUAUAACCAGCUGCGGGCCUCAUUGCAGGACCUGAAGACUGUGGUCAUCGCCAAGACCCCUGCGAUGGGGGCCAGCCCUCAGGGCCCCUUUGCGGAUGCCCAGCCUGCCGAGCGCAGGGCCAGCAAUAUACAGUGUCCCCAGGAGGUCCCAGCAGAGGCUCUGGCCCCAGCCCCAGUGGAAGUCCCAGCUUCAGCCCCUGCAGCAGCCUCAGGCUCAGGCCUAGCGAAGACUCCGGCCCCAGCAGAGGCCUCAACUUCAGCUUUGGUCCCAGAGGAGACCACAGUGGAGGCUCCAGCCCCACCCGCAGCCGAGGCCCCUGCCCAGUACCCGAGCGAGCACCUCAUCCAGGCCACCUCGGAGGAGAAUCAGAUCCCCUCGCACUUGCCUGCCUGCCCGUCGCUCCGGCACAUCGCCAGCCUGCAGGGCAGCGCCAUCAUCGAGCUCUUCCACAGCAGCAUUGCUGAGGUUGAAAACGAGGAGCUGAGGCACCUCAUGUGGUCCUCGGUGGUGUUCUACCAGACCCCGGGGCUGGAGGUGACCGCCUGCGUGCUGCUCUCCACCAAGGCUGUGUACUUCGUGCUCCAUGAUGGCCUCCGCCGCUACUUCUCAGAGCCACUGCAAGAUUUCUGGCAUCAGAAAAACACCGACUACAACAACAGUCCCUUCCACAUCUCCCAGUGCUUUGUGCUAAAGCUCAGUGACCUGCAGUCCGUCAACGUUGGGCUUUUCGACCAGCAUUUCCGGCUGACGGGUUCCAACCCGGUACAGGUGGUCACGUGCUUGACGCGAGACAGCUACCUGACGCACUGCUUCCUCCAGCAUCUCAUGGUCGUGCUGUCCUCUCUGGAGCGCACGCCCUCGCCAGAGCCUGUUGACAAGGACUUCUACUCCGAGUUUGGGAACAAGACCACAGGGAAGAUGGAGAACUACGAGCUGAUCCACUCAAGUCGUGUCAAGUUCACCUACCCCAGUGAGGAGGAGGUUGGGGACCUGACAUUCAUUGUGGCCCAGAAGAUGGGCGAGCCAGAGAAGGCCCCAGCCCUCAGCAUCCUGCUGUACGUGCAGGCCUUCCAGGUGGGCACACCACCCCCUGGGUGCUGCAGGGGCCCCCUGCGGCCCAAGACACUCCUGCUCACCAGCUCCGAGAUCUUCCUCCUGGAUGAGGACUGUAUCCACUACCCGCUGCCCGAGUUUGCCAAAGAGCCGCCGCAGAGAGACAGGUACCGGCUGGAUGAUGGCCGCCGCGUCCGGGACCUGGACCGAGUGCUCAUGGGCUACCAGCCCUACCCACAGGCCCUCACCCUUGUCUUCGAUGAUGUGCAGGGCCAUGACCUCAUGGGCAGUGUCACCCUGGACCACUUUGGGGAGGUGCCAGGUAGUCCGGCUAGAGCCGGCCAGGGCCAUGAAGUCCAGUGGCAGGUGUUUGUCCCCAGUGCCGAGAGCCGAGAGAAGCUCAUCUCACUGUUGGCUCGCCAGUGGGAGGCCCUGUGUGGCCGUGAGCUGCCUGUUGAGCUCACUGGCUAGCCCAGGCCACAGCCAGCCCUCGCCACCUGCUGUGUCCAGCCUGACACCUACUGGGGCCGGGCAGCAGGCUUUUGUGUUCUCUUAAAAUGUUUUCUCCUCCCUUUUGGUACCUUAAUUUGACUGUCCUCACAGAGAAUGUGAACAUGCGUGUGUGUUGUGUUAAUUCUUUCUCAUGUUGGGAGUGAGAAUGCUGGGCCCUUCCAGGGCUGUCUGUGUGCCGUCAGCCUCCCGAGGGUGGCGGGGCCGUGCACACCAGUGUUGUGUCUGUUGUGUGACCGUUGUUAACGCGUGGCGCUGUGGGUCUUUCUUCUACACAUCCUCUCCUGAAGUGUCAAGUCCAGUUCUUUGUUGCUGUUGCUGUCGUGGGCAUCUUGCUGCUAAUCCUGAGGCGGGUAGCAGAAUGCACAUUGGAAACUCCCACCCCAGAUUGUGGAGUCUCCCCGGUCCAGACAAGUGGGAGAGCCGGUGGGAGCAGGGGGCGGGAGCUGCCAGCACCAAGCGCGAUUCUUGUUGCCUGUAUUCUAUUCCAAUAAAGCAGAGUUUGACACCA